AUGUUAAGUAUUCUGUUAUCUGCUUCUUCUUCUUAUCAAACACAAACAAUUGGAAGACUCACAACUCCAGGAACUAACCUCGUCAAAGCAUACAAGUCCAGUAAUCCUGAUUUAGCUAGAAAUUGUUACUGGCUUUACUUCGAUUACUAUGUUCACAUUCUUGGAUACGAGAACGGAUUUGCUCAUGUAAGAAUUGGUACAGAAGACUGCUGGAUUAGCAAAGAUUCCCUUGAAGAAAUCACAAUUCCAACCCAAUCUGUCACUGAAGCCAAUAUUUAUUCAGAGCCUUCUCGCACCGGAACAAUUGUUCGCUAUGUUCCAGCAAAUUCCCAAGUUACGAUUCUUGAUUUUAACUGUGAUGGCUUUUACAGAAUAAAUUAUCGUGGCUAUAUUGGCUACAUUCUUGAAGAUGCACUUCAAUACAAGUGGAAACAAAUAGAUGGUGCAAAUGACGGAGAGAGAGCUGCAAAUCUUGUUAAAACCAAGUUAGGCUGCAAAUACAUCUUGGGUAUGAGUGGCCCAGAUACAUAUGAUUGCUCAGGAUUAAUGCAAUGGGCUUACAACAGGCUUGACAUCUUCAUGCACAGAACAGCUGACGUUCAGGAUUUACAUGGACAAUUAAUUGAAGAUGCCCAAGACAUUCUUCCAGGCGAUAUUAUUACUUUCCGCACAGAUUCUGAUAAUCCAAUGUUAGUUACUCAUGUCGGAAUGUACGUCGGAAACGGACAAUUCAUUCAUGCUUCAACAAACGGAUAUGUUGUCAAAUACCAAGAUUUCUAUAAGUACCCAUAUCCAGUAAGCACUAUCAGAAGAUACUGGACAAAGUAA